AUGACUGUGUUUGGUAUUGCGUCGGAAAAUGCGAAUGACGAAAUUAGCAGCUUCCAAAUUGGCAGAUACGUCAGUAGUAAUGAAGCAUUGUGGCGAUUAUUAUCAUUUCAAAUUCAUGAAAGAUAUCCCACAGUUAUGCAUUUAGCAGUGCAUUUGGAAAAUGGCCAAAGAGUUUACUUCACUGAGGCUAAUGCGGCACAGCGAGCUGAGAGACCACCAUCGACAACAUUUACUAGCUUCUUUGCUAUGUGUGAAGCAGAUCCAUUCGCAGCGACGCUGAUGUACGUUGAUAUGCCCAAGUAUUACACUUGGAAUCAAUCAACAAAGAAUUUCCAACGCCGCAAACAAGGAACCCCAAUUCCAGAUUGGCCACAUGUGUUUUCCACUGAUGCACUUGUUGCGACUGCUGUUGGUAAAUGUACGUGGACCAAAACGUUUGAGCAUUUAAAACCUGUUAAUGGCCACCGAUGUCAAACAUAUCGAGAAGCAUGUCAACUAUUGAGUUUGCUGGAGAACGAUUCUCAUUGGGAUCUAACACUAGCGGAUUCAGUUGUUUCAUCAAAUGCGUACCAAAUACGAACGCUGUUCGCAAUUAUCAUCACCACAUGCUUUCCUUCACAACCAAUACAAUUAUGGAACAAAUACAAAGACGACAUAUGUGAAGAUAUCUUGCAUCGCUUGCGCAUUCAAACUAACAAUCCUGAUAUUCAAAUAACCGAUGAAAUCUACAAUGAAGGAUUGAUUCUGAUUGAGGAUCAAUGCUUGACUAUUGCAAACAAGCUACUAAUUGAAGUAGGAAUGAUUGCGCCAAAUCGAUCGAUGCACGAUGCAUUCAACCAAGAAUUAAAUCGAGAGCUGCAAUACAAUGUUGAUACAUUGCAGGAAUUCUUUCGAAAUAAUGUGCCGUUGCUGAAUGAACAGCAAAAACAAGUAUACGAAACAUUAAUGCAAGCGGUGGCCAAUAAUACUGGUGGUCUAUUCUUCCUGGAUGCACCUGGAGGAACAGGGAAAACAUUUGUCAUUUCAUUGAUUUUGGCCAUCAUCUGGAAUUGCAGCGACUCUUCUAGAUGGAGUGCAAUGGAAAAAUUGUUGACGCAAUGCAAGCUCAUUGUUUGGGAUGAGUGCACAAUGCCACAUAAGAAAUCACUUGAAGCACUUAACUUCACACUGAAAGAUCUUCGGCGAAAUAACAACAUCUUUGGCGGCUUGACGAUAUUGUUUGCAGGCGAUUUCAGGCAGACGUUGCCAGUAAUUACCCAUGGAACGCCUACAGAUGAAUUGAAUGCUUGCCUGAAAGCAUCACCUUUAUGGAAUAACCUGUUGGAAAUGGGAAAGUCCCAGUUGAUGCGACAUCUGGAUUAA